GCAGUGCAGAGGUGCAGAGAGUGAGGAAGGGAUUGAAGGGAAGAAAGAGAGACAUGACAAAAAUAUCAAAAGGCAGAAAGCACGCCGUACCAUGCGAGCUAAAUUAGUGACCGAUGGGAUCGAGGAUGUCGGAUUAAUGGUGACUACCGCAGCCCGUUUUCGCAGAGGAAGCUUCUCUAUUGCAACUUGGGCGCAGAGGGUCCGCGGGGAAACAUGGCCGAAGGAGGGCCGGGUAAAGGUGGCGGAGAAGACCCCGCCAAGUCCACCGAGCAGGAGGACCGGACUCGACCUCAGGUCCUGUCGGGAUCGGGCUUCUGCAAAUGGUUCAACGUCCGGAUGGGCUUUGGAUUUAUUUCAAUGACCAGCAGCGAAGGGAGCCCCGUUGACCCCCCUCUGGAUGUUUUCGUCCACCAAAGCAAACUGCUGAUGGAGGGUUUCCGCAGCUUAAAGGAGGGAGAGCAGGUGGAGUUCACCUAUAAGAAAUGCUCGAAGGGCCUGGAGUCGCUGCGGGUGACCGGACCUGGUGGGGGACCCUGCGCAGGCAGCGAGAGGAGACCCAAAGGGAAGGUCCCACUCCAGAAACGCAAACCAAAGGGAGACCGCUGUUAUAACUGUGGAGGUCUGGAUCACCAUGCCAAGGAGUGUGGCCUGCCCCCCCAGCCAAAGAAAUGCCACUACUGCCAGAGCAUCACGCACAUGGUGGCUCAGUGUCCCCACAAGGCGCUGGCGCCCGCCACAGGCUCUCAGGACCAAAAUGUGUCUACCUCUACGGGGCCCUUCCUCAGCCCCCCGGAGGAGGAGGAGCGCUCCGGCUCGUCUCCCCUCGAGGGUUCCUCCUCCUCCCCCGAGGAGCCCCAAACACACCGCGGCCCCAGGACCCAGAGGUGGAGGAAAUCCUGAAGACAGCCCAUCGAGGUGAACCGUGCACCGCUGACCCCUGACCCUCACGUCUCCCCUCAAUCAAGGAUACCUGAAGCCCCCCCCUCAUCUACCUCACACCUGUGAAAAAAAAAAUGGGAGGUCUUGAUUUCUUUACUUUAAUGUUAUAUUUUAUUUUUCUAACCAGCGCAGCUAUGGCAACGAUCAAUGGGGUACGGACAUGCGUGAAUGUGUGUGACUGACUUGCAGUCAUCUGGUGCAGCUAUGGCAACCACCGCUGGAAUGGUGACUGCAGGGAUCGACUGUUUUCUUGUUUCAAUCAGUGCAGCUCAAGAGUGAAACAACGUGGUAUGAAUCUUGUGUUUUUUUUCUUCUCCUCGGACCUAGGUGUUGGCCAUUUCAAAUGCUUUUUUUCCUCACACAUGUCGUUGAUUUAAAGCCUCCAAUUUCCAUUCUGUAGGCCCAAUCAUUCCCAAAAUCAUGCUGCAUCAUUUUGGCACUCACGGUAGCUCAUUUCUAAGAAGGAGACUUCUAGAAGCUCGAGACCCUCUCAGUGAUAAUCCAGACCCACAGGAUUGUUAGCUUGGUUUGUGAAGAUCUUUAGGGAACCUUUUCAGAGGGCGUUUUUAAAAGCAGAUGAGCUGCUAAACACAUUCUUUUAAAUCUUUAAACACUCACUACCAAAUUCUCCCUUUCAUGAAACAGCCCGGACCGACUGAUUGUCACAGAGUGUGUUUGUGCAUGCACCUGCCCGACUUAGAGAGGGAAAAAGAGUGCGUGUGUUGUGCAUGCUCCGAAACAUAGCAUUUGUCAGACUGGCUGCUUCCCCCGGUGCGAGUCCACGCUAUUAACGUUUCAGUUUCCUAUUAUUAGAGAUAGAGCAGUUUAGCUAAAACCUCAUAUAAUCCAUAGUUUAGAUUCAACGUAAUGAUCUUUAGACUUCCAUUUUGGUUGUUGCAUAAUUAGUUAAAAAAAUAACCUUACAGUUUAUAAAUCAUAGUAUAAGUAAUUAAUAUAUAUGUAAAGUCACAAGAUAUAAAUUCUAUUAACUUUAAGUAAAGCAUAUGUAAGGAAUUAGCUCUGACGUAGGUAAAUAGCCCUGUAUAUUGUAUGGGAUACUUUUGUUGUUGUGUGGACCUUGUAGCUCUCCUUCUAUUUAACCGUUUUCAUCCAUGACAAAUCAAACUGACGUUUUUACAAUGUAUUUACUCCACGCCUUCUCCUUUUACAUUAGUGCAAGGAGUCAGCGCUCACCUCUGACCCCACACAAAGACUCACCUUGUUCGAUGAAAGGUGCAGACCAUCACAGUGUCAUCACAGCUGCUCUACUUACUUAAUACCUCACCUAUUCUUCCCUAGCUGUUUGCUCUCCCAGCUGUGUUGCAGUAAGAUCGAACCACCUGUUCCUCUUCCAUCUGUGCCUACCAGUUGUUAGCUAGCACCAGCCAGGCAUCGCUCAUCUCUGCAGGAUGAGCGGCCGUCACUGCUGCUGCUUCAGACUCACUGACGAGAGAUAGAGAGGGAGGGAGAGAGAGAAGGAGUGCUGCUUUUGGUAUAACUUGAAUCCCAAGCGUGGCUUUAGUGGCACUUAUUUGUGACCUUACAACUCUUCUCUGACCAUAUUGAAUGUGAAAAGAGCUUACCUGAAGUCGACGCCUCGCAAAGUUCACGUCGGGUCGCUUUGGAGUUGUAUCUUAAUGUUCUGACAAAUCAAAUAACUUUGUAUGAUGAUAUCAAACUAGCUUGUGUGUUUUUAAAAAGCUCUAAGUAGACAACCAACUUAAUUUUGGUAUAUUUCUAUACCAAAGAGUUUGGCUUUAUGUUUUGAAGGCAUUUAAAGUGCUUGCUGUCAUUGCCCUUUCACAAUAAGAGGGAGUUAUUGCUGAAAGCGCAAAACUGCGGUUAUCGUUUUUUCUUUUUUUUUUUUAAUGUGCAGCUUUCUGAAUGUGUGCGUGCGUUAACGAAAAAAAAAAAUCAAAUCUCAACAAAGCAGCAUGACAGAAAGAAAAAGUGAAUGACCAAACAACAAGGAGCACAGCCCAUGCUCAGAUCUGUAUGGAAACAACAUCUUUUUGUAUGAUGUAUUUGUACAUUUUUACACACAAUUCCUCUCAGGAUGAUGAACUGUUCUCAGGGAAUUAACCAAAAAAGUGUAUUUUAUUCUUUUGGGAAUCAUCCACUGACUGACUCAACAAACUCUGUUAAGCAAUGGUGAAGAGACGUAUGUAACCGAUUCAUGUACUGAUAUUAGCAACUACCUCUUGAGUUAUACAUAGUUGUGCAUUACUUUUUGUUUUGUAUAUUUUUUGAUGAGCUUGUAUGAUUAACUGUAGGUCUCUAAUGUACUGAGGUGUUGUGUGAGAAGUUCCCCAGUGUUGCCACAGACUCCCUGGUCUUCCUUCCCAGAUUUGAUUUAUUGAGUUACUUUUUUUCUUUUACAGCAAAAGCCUACCUCAUAUGCGCUGUUCCUCCACAAACUCCUUACCUCCUCCCAGACCCCCUCUACCUCCUCCAUGCAGUUCUUUGUUCAUCAAAUUGCCACUUGUCGCACUAGAGUCACACCACAUCGUAAACAAAUCAGCCCUGAAAUGGCUCGUCAACUUGUGACUCCAGAAAUCUUACAAUCAAAGCCCUUUUUUGAAGGUUUAUCACAAGUUUUGUCUCACAUCCAGGGUGAAGUUUUUCUGCCAGCUCUGUGUUACACCGUCAGUAUAAACCCAUCUUAGCGGCAGACAGCCAGUGAGCUUACCUCACAUUGUUGCCCUAGUUAUUGACGUGUUAGAUAUGAAAUAUGUAACAUUCCCGUGUGAACACACAUUGACUGUUGUUAUUAGCGUGUUUUACCAUAACCGUUUUUGUAACCACUUCAUGUGCUGGGCUUAAGGUGGAGAAGAAUAGGAUUGUACUUCGCACAAGGAGUGCCUAUCUCUGUUUCGUUUGUCUCAAUCUAUUACCAAAUAGAUGUUUUCCUCUUUUUGGGCUCCAUGGUAAUGGCUUUUGUCCGCCAUUUUUACAGCCUCGGAUAAUCAGAAUUUGUGUGCUUUGGAGACGAUGUCCUGUCGUGUUGCAAACUAUAUUUGUAGUUUACAGCGACAUUUUAAACAAUUGAAAAGCAGUAGGUUUUGUACUAAUGGUGACAUUGCAUACACGUCAUUCAAAAAAAAAAAAAUGUUUAUGAAGAUGAAUAUUGUUAAAAGUACUUUUUUAAAACUAACUCUUGAGAUCAAAGAUUGAAUUUGCAUAUGAUGGCAGUAUUACAGUUCACCCUCAGCUGAGAGAAUCACUUUGUCGCCGUGGACCUACUAAUGCAGCUAAAUGCUCAUUUAUGAACAAAAUAUACAACCCUGGUAAAAACAUAGUGAUAUUAUUGUUGUUAGUAGCUUUAUAUUUUCUUCCAAUCAAUGUAACUACUGAUUGAUCUCUUUAUUGUCCUGUUUAGUAUUUGACACAGCAAAUAAACGUCCCUGUAAAAUAGAGAAUAAUCUCCUUAACGUAGUGAUCAUAAAAUGGUAAUCAUAGAGGUUUCUCAAGGCGGCAUGUAAGAUGACAAAUUUGUAGAAUCACAUUUUUAAUACGUGUCUUACGUUUCCAGUUGAACUGUUUCAUCCUCGCAACCAUCAAAAAUGUUGCACAGGUUUUUAACUAAAUACAAACAUUGGUGAGCCCGAAUGCACCCGUCGUCUCAGCAGAAGGUUCAAGUGUGUUCCCAUUUUUUUUAAGAACCCAAUUCAAAUACAUCACUGUGGCUUCUUCAUUUUGAAAUGUAUACCAAUCAGAGAGUGAACACUGGUGCAUUUCUGCCUUGCAGCGGUGUGUUAUUGAAGAAAUGAAAUGGCAAAUAAUGGCAGAUGUUCGAAGGCAUUGAAGAGAUUAUAUCACUUUUAUGACACCAUAUUAACAAAGAUUGUGAUAUUUAUUGAGAAACUGGGAUAAAUCGGAUUCAUUUUUUAAAAAGAUUCUUUUUCUUAUUCUAUUAAAUGGAUUUGUGUUAAGUUAAAAGGAUAAUUCAGGCUUUGUGGUCACAGGUUUUCAUUGCCUCACAAUCAUCGUCUAUCUGAAAGAUCGUCUCUUUAUAUUCUUGAACAAACCAACGUUAAACUAGGUUUACUUAGUUAGCAUAAAAACAGACCUCAGCUUCUACAAAAAAUGGCCCAGCAGGUCAGAUACCAAGUCUACAUCAUUGUAACUUUAGUCUAUGUAACUAAAACUCGGCAGGAGCUCUCUGCUAUUCCUAUUUUCUGUAUAAAAACACCAAGCCUACAGCAUCAGUCCUCUCAACUCUGCGUUUCACAGAAAUGUUAGAGCAAGCCAUGACCCUUCUCGCUCCUGACCUCCUCUGUUGAGCGAUGACGUUUAGAUCACAAAUGCCAAGGGCUUAUGGGAAAUGUUUUUAUUAAAGGCCGCUUAAAACAGAUGUAUUGAAUAGGCAAAGACUUUAGAUCGUUACUACAACCUUCCUUAUCUAAACAUUUGAAGUGGGCCUGCAGGACAUACAGUACUAUUGAGAGAUGCUCUGUUCAUAGGCUGGGUUUUUAUUAAAAAGCAAAGUUACAAAUGUCUUCAGGAUAAUUUAGGCUCUCUAUAAGAAAAAAAAGCCCAUAAAACUGAUAGAAUGGUUUGGUGCUGUGGAAACAAUUUUAGAAGUAAAUUUGAUUUGGGCUGAUUUUGUUAUUUAGUCCAAUAUUGUCUUGAAAUUUGAGCAAAAACGGCUCCGUUGUCCUUUUUUUUCAAGAUUCUAAGAAAAACCUUCACUAUCUUUUGGUCAGGGAGUUGGAUAACAACAUCGACAUAAUUGAUAAGGUUUUUAUUGGCUUUUUGUAAACCUUAAUUUAACUAUAAUAUACGAUCGUGAUGGCAAUGUCUACAUUUUUAAAAAUGAUUAAGUGACGAUCAAGGGCCAAACAAAACCAUGCAAAUUAAAUGUAAUCAUGUGAAAAUCACAUUGAGGCCUGUAAAUAAGACAAAACCCCUGAAUUAUCCUUAACAAUGUAUCAUCAGACUCUGGAGACAGACAGGAUGUACUAUGCCAUGAUGCCAGACAGGGAAACCUCAGCAGCCGGCCUCACUGCUCCCUCAUGUGGUUGUUUUGUAGGUUUGUUGCCUUUGUCAGCUGCUCUGUGCUUUGCCUUGACUGCAGAAACAAUGUAUUCUUGGGGAUGAUCAUUUAUGAUGUUUAUUUUUUUAACUGAACUGUAUUAUGUCUGAUUCAUAUUGUUUUUUAUGUACAUUAAAUCAUACUGGAACAUCGGACCUCGAAAGGACCUAUAAAUCCAACCAAGGCAGUUUGAAGUGCAGAUACCUCCUUGUAUUGACUAAUAACCUCACAUUUCUAGUGUUUGUUUAUGUUUUUAAUCUCUGCAUCGUGGCCAGAGAGAGUCUUCUGUGCUCUCCUUCUUUGGAGUACGCCUAGAGCCAAGCACUGAUUGCUUUUGAAUGGGGGAAAAUGUUCUUCUAUGUGCAUAUCACUCAUUAUUUUAGCCCCAAUGUAAGUGUACUGCCUUUUUUUAUUUCUGUGAACCUUGGAUUGGAUUGUUAAAUAUGUCUUAAAUGUUUGACUUGAUUGGAAAAUAAACCUAUUAUAUUGGCAUUAAA